GCGUAAGGUUUCGAUCUAGAGACGGUCAAUUUUCUCGAAACAAAGGACUUGGAUAUCUCCAUCAUCUUGCGUGCUUGUGUGUAUGUGUGUGCACCUUCAGUCCCACUGAUUACUAUUCACCGCAGUGCUCCGUGUUUUUAAAUGUGUCUGUGUGGUCUUUCUAUGUUGAACUUAUGUAGAAAUUUUAUUGCAAGCUAUUAUUGGACUCAAUUGAAUUUACUAUCAAACUUGUCGGGGGGAAAUUCUGGAAAAUUGUUAUUUUCUUUAUAAUGCAGUUUGCUGUCUAAAAUCUGUGCGUCUCCGUUUUUAUAGCAGUAAGCCUAUAGAAACUGACAGCAGUAGAGAGUUAGAUUGUGUUACAUGGUAUGUGUGAGUGUUUGAAAUGGAUAAACAAAGAGAUUGUAGCAGCUAGUGUUAGCGGGUCACGGUUAGGGGGGAUGGCAAGAGCUGGAUCUCUGUUCAGUAAUGCACAGCUCAAGGGCAAAAGUAGCCGCGCAGUCAGAAUUGGGCACAUUGCUAUGCCAGUGAUGUUAAUAUCGGAAAGUGGAGGGGAAUAUAUCCUGUUUAUAAUGCAAGACAAAAGGCGACCUAGGCUGUGGCUGAAUUACCAUGCAAGGGGAGUGAAAUGUGGAAUGGCCGCCUGUUGGAGUAACGGGGUUUAAAAAAUAAAAAAGAGGGAACCGGUGCUGGAUUCUCGUUCCUAAUGCUAAGGUCUGCUAGUGAUUUAGAAGGCCGUGUAACCUGAAUUAGUUGAUGAAUUUUCUAUCGAUCCUAAACAAGCCAGAUUUAUCUCUGACACGGUGCUGCUGCUGCUGGGUGGCAGCGCAGCAGCCGGCCAGGCCACACUCCCCGUUAUUAGCGAUUUAAAAAGAAGAGAGAGGAAAAAAGGAAAAAGCUUUAGCAAGCACGUCUCUACACACACACAGACACACACACACACACACUCACAUAUAUAUAUAUAUACACAGAGGGCGGUGCAGGCGCCACUUUAAAUCCCCCCAAGCACUUUCUUUCUGCUGCUUCUUUUUUCUGUUUGCUUUAUUUUUUCUUUUUGAAGUUUCAGCCAGACGCGUAACAGGGGGAGGGGGUUCUUUUGCAAUAAGGGAGGACUUAUAAUCAGUACUGUACUCUGUUGCUUCAGCUCGAGUGAAUGUACGCUACUCCGUGCGUGUCAGACGCGCAUUGUUAUUGUUGUGAUUCUCUGGCUGACAUUUGGUGGAGAGAUACACAGAGAGCGAUCGGGGCCCGUGGAGGGAGGGUGGGGGCUUAUUGUAACUGUGAAUGCCCACAAACUGAGGCCAUAUGAUGAUGCGCGUGCGGGGUCCGUGUAUAUGCUUAAUCCCAUUUCCUUAUCCGGGGUUCGUCCUGGAGGCGCGCCAUUGGUCGGCUGCCGUCACGUGGCUUCUUAACUUUGUUCACUUGACAGAAAAGUAGGAGGGUUCAACGGAACAGGAAUGACCGAAGAGUAAAGGGAUGAGAUAUAAAUUUUAGUUAUAUAUUUUCCGAGUAGGUGCAAUUCCACAAAAAGACUGAAAUUAAUGGCCAUGAGCUCCUAUUUGAUCAACUCCAACUAUGUGGACCCGAAGUUCCCACCGUGCGAGGAAUACUCACAGAGCGACUAUCUGCCCAGCCACUCUCCGGACUAUUACAGCUCCCAGAGGCAGGAGCCUGCUGCCUUUCAGCCGGACUCUCUCUACCACCACCAUCAACACCACCCACAACACCAAAGCCACCACCAGCAGCGAGGCGAGCCGCCGUACACACCGUGCCAGCGUCCAGGGCAGCCAGCCUCGGUGGUGAUGUCUCCUCGGGGUCACGUCCUCCCCCCAACCGGGCUGCAGACUUCCCCCGUCCCGGAGCUGAGCCACCGCUGUGACUCGUUGACACCCAGUCCGCCUCCGCCUGCGUCUUGCGGCCAAACGCCCCACAGCCAAAGCACUUCAUCCCCCACGAGCACUCGUAAGGACCCCGUAGUCUACCCGUGGAUGAAGAAAGUCCAUGUAAACAUCGUGAGUUCAAACUACACAGGUGGUGAGCCGAAGCGCUCGCGGACGGCCUACACGCGCCAGCAGGUCCUGGAGCUCGAAAAGGAGUUCCACUACAACCGGUACCUGACGCGCAGGCGCAGGGUGGAGAUUGCGCACACGCUGUGCCUGUCAGAGCGGCAGAUCAAGAUCUGGUUCCAGAACCGGAGGAUGAAGUGGAAGAAGGACCACAAGUUGCCCAACACUAAGGUCCGCUCCGGAACAAACAACAACACAAACUCCCAGGCUCUAACCGGGCCCCUAUAGCCCGGUUAUUUGGCUCUUUGUCUGAUUUUUGCCCAACCCUGGUUCCCAAACUGAGCGCCAAAGCGGCAGCCACGCUUGUAACCACCGGAGCCUGCACUUUGGACCGGAAUAACGCCUUUUACUCUGGAGGGAGGGAGGGAUGUCAUUGCCGCCUGUUCGGUCCUGAUGCUGUGCUGAUGUUACACUCUAAUAUGACGUGAUGACGUGGGAGGGGUGAAGGGGUGAAGGGGGAGAUUUCCCAUUCAUAAAAAAUGAAAUGAACAAAAGUAGGCAUUCCCUGCCCAUCUCCGUCUCCCUGCUCUUAAUAUUUCUGUGUUUUUAUACUCCUCUCCCUCGCUUCCUCUCUAUGACAGAGCGUAAGAUGGUAUAGGCUGAGGACAAUAUGGCCGCGUGCGUGGGGUUUAUUUUUUUUUCACCUGAGACUAGUUUUUUGUGUGCUGAAGAUGGAUCCUGGUUUUCAUCUUUAAUCAUGCCAUACUCGGGCCCCAUUUGUCAUUGUUUACUCUGUGGGUACAAAGCAAAGGGGUGAACCGCGGCUCUGCUCAUUACCCCCCUCCCCCCCCCCGCACCCCUCCUUAGACCUCUACCCCUCAGCCCCCCACCCCAAUUGCACACGCACGUGUAAUAAAUGGAACUCUCGUUCUGUCAAGAAAAGUAUUCUUACAACCCGCCACUAACACACACACACACACACACACACUAAACACACACACACUAAAAACAAACAAAAACCACACAUGCUCAUACCUGUCCUUAUAGUAGCCUACUUAAAAUAAAUAAAAUAUAACGUCCGGUAUGAUCCAAAACGACACCAUGCAGUUUUCUGUCUUGCUGUUAUAAUAACAACUGUUGGUAUUUCUGUUUUGUUUAAGGACAAAAUAUAGCUUUUUACAUUUUAAUUAUUUUUGAAUUCAGUGUUGACUGUAAAGAGAAUGGCAAGGAGUGUCUAUGUUGUCCGUUGAUGUUGUAAUGUUGUAUACAGGGAAGCAGACUGACAGGGUGAUGCAAGGGAACUCGAGUUAAAGUUAAAUUAUGACAUGUUCCACUCUGCGUACCAAACAGGGUUGAUAAAGCUGCCUGAACAAAGGACACUAAUAUUCAAACCAAAAUCCUGGUACACAGCUCAAAAACACAUUAUAAACGCAGCACUAUACAAUGUACUACCUAUUACCUCAGUUGUACUUAUAUAUAUAUAUAUAUUAUAUAUAUUUUUUAUUUUUUUGGUCAUCUUAGUUUCUCUUGCUAGGUCAAUGAAGUGACAGCUUUUCAAGCUUUUAUAUUUUUGAAAUUGUUAUUAUAAUUAUUAUUAUUAGCCUUCCUGCAAUACAAAAGGCGCUGUUCAUUUAAAUGUAUGUGGAAAUUUAAAAAUGUAAUUUAAUUAUAAGGGAUUGUUCCAGCCAGGGACGUUCAGAAAAACAAGGAGCCUUUUAUUGCAUGUCGUAAUGGUGUUGAUUUAUUUUUCUAUGUCUUUCUCGCUGUCCCUCCUUUCUCCGCACAUUAAAUGCGCGCACAUUUCCUUUUCUCCUUCUCCUCCUUCCCUCUGUUCUGUCCCCUUGUGCCACUUUUUAGAUAUUUUAUUCUGCAAGUGUUCUUUAAUUGCUGUUAUUUUAUUUACAUUCCAAAGACCAGUUCCUGUCCUUAUUGACGAUGAUGAUAAUAAUAACAAUGGUGGUAUUGUUGAACAUGUGUCACCUCCUCCGAAAUGUAAGUUGCUCAUUUCUCUGCUAAUGCCUCCUCAGUGUCUACCUUCCUAUUAUUUGUAAAUAGUUCAUAGAAAUUUAAAUAAAUGGCUAAAAAGUUA